UGAGAGAGUACUGCGGGAAGAAGCCAGUGUUUGACGCCCAGCACUGUCGUGACAGCGGCCCCUGGUGGCAGCGACAUCAGCUGAAAUGGAGGGACGCAGCGUCGAAGGCUAGCGUCUUGGAGUGGGCGCUCCGGAAGUGACGUCCUCAAAGCGUCGAGGCCCUAACCAUGGCUCACACGGCCACAGAAUGGCCACCAGAGGAAACCCUGUCGCUCUGGAAAGGAGAACAAGCCCGGCUGAAAUCGCGCGUGGUGGAUCGGGACACGGAGGCAUGGCAACGGGACCCCAGCUUCUCGGGCUUGCAGAAAGUUGGGGGCGUGGAUGUGUCCUUCGUGAAAGGGGACAGUGUCCGGGCCUGCGCUUCCCUGGUAGUGCUGAGCUAUCCAGAGCUCAAGGUGGUGUAUGAGGACAGCCGCAUGGUUGGCCUGAAGGCCCCCUAUGUGUCAGGCUUCCUGGCCUUCCGAGAGGUACCUUUCCUGGUGGAGUUGGUACAGCGGCUACAAGAGAAGGAACCAGACCUCAUGCCCCAGGUCCUUCUUGUGGAUGGAAACGGGGUGCUUCACCAACGAGGCUUUGGGGUAGCCUGCCACCUUGGCGUCCUUACCGAGCUGCCCUGUGUCGGGGUGGCCAAGAAGCUCCUGCAGGUAGAAGGACUGGAGAACAAUGCUUCGCACAAGGAGAAGAUUGUGCUCCUGCAGGCUGGGGGAGACACAUUUCCUCUGAUUGGCAACUCUGGGACUGUCCUGGGAAUGGCCCUGAAGAGCCAUGACCACAGCACCAAGCCCCUCUAUGUCUCUGUGGGCCACAGAAUAAGCCUGGAGGUCGCUGUGCGUCUCACCCACCGCUGCUGUAGGUUCCGGAUCCCAGAACCUAUACGCCAGGCUGACAUCCGCUCUCGAGAGUACAUCCGGAGGACUCUAGGACACCAUGGGGAGUCUCCUGCACAGAGAAAGGACAGGCUGUCCCUUCAUCAGGCCUUUGAGAGACCCCUGGAGAGCAAGGGGACUUCCGACACACCCUGGCUUUUUAUGUCACCUGUUCUUGAUGUCAUUACCAGGAGCCAGAAGGAGCAGAGCCCAAAUGCAUGCCCCGCAGGAGGCCCAGGAGCACCUGCAGAUCAAGGCAGGCCUCCUGAGUGCUGCGGCAGAAGCUCCAGCACAGACCUGAGAGACCCUGAGCCAGGCUUCCAGGAGCAGAAGGACCAGCAGUUGGAGGGAACUAGGUGUCAGGAAGGCCCAGACCUCUGGCCUCCUUCUCCAGCCUGGGUAUAGUCACCACCCUGAGAAGAUCUCUGGGAACCCUCACCACUACACCCCAGAGGCAACAGUGACUGAAACUCCAGGAGGAUGCAGCAGGCUUCGUCCAGUUUGGGCCAGUGGCUACCAGCCUCCUCCAUCACUGGCUAGUCAGUGUGGUCACCACGCCCCAGCAGGACCACACUCCAGACCAGGAAGCACACACAAGCACCAAGAGUACAUGAAGGACUUCAGGCCUCGGUGCCCAGAGGCCCUGUGGCUGGCAGCCUGUACCAGCACCUGCAGCUCUUCCCUUCCCCCUCUGCUCAAUACAGACCUGGUUCUGGCUUCACGGCUUU